AUGGCAAUAAACACCCACGUCUGGCUAUAUACAGGGGUUCCACUUUCAAAACGUCUGAAGCGUCAUUCUAUACCCCUUCCUCUCUCCGAAGUUGCCCAAAACAAUAGCCCAUCCUUUGUCAUACAACCUAGUUUCAUUCUGCUCUUUCAUUUGGGCAGUCGAAAGAAACAGUUCAUUAAGGUACUUGAACUCAGCUGUAGUGUCAAAAGUCGCAAUCAUUUCUCUUUACCAACAUGCCAUUAA